GCUGCCACUGCCCCCAAGAUCUCAGCCAUCCGGAUGGCUCUGCAGAACUUCGACAUGAACUACAGCGUGCAGUUUGGCAGCCUGUGGCCCUCGAUCCGCGUCAGCCUCCUCUCGGAACAGAAAUACGGCGCCCUCAUCAACAACUUCUCUCACGCCGACAGAGUCAGCCAAGAGCUGGAACUGCUAAAUGCUGUGGAUUUUGUUUAUGAAUCUCAGAAAACAGUUCAGCGCGUGCAAGAGGAUUUGCCUGUAGAACAAGUCCGAGCCGAGGAAGCAGCGCCCCAAGAAAGCCACACUGAGCAGUUGUCUGUGGAAGAAACACAGACACCAGCAUUGCUUUCUCCAUCCAUCAGCCCCAACAUCAAGUGUUACACAUUCUCCAGAGGAGAUGUCAGUCGGUUUCCUCCUGCAAGACCCGACGCUUUUGGGACUCUCGACUACUAUCUGCUGGAUGCCGCGUCGCUCUUGCCUGUCUUGGCCCUCAACGUGCAGCCUGGGGACCUAGUUCUUGACCUCUGUGCCGCACCCGGGGGCAAGACUCUAGCUCUUCUGCAGACAGGGUGUUGCCGGCAGCUGGCCGCCAACGAUAUCUCGGCUUCCCGCAGUAGCAGACUGCGCAGAGUUCUCAGUAGCUACCUUCCCAAGAGCCUCAGCGCGGGCGUGCGUAUUACGUCCUGGGACGGAAGGAAUUGGGGGGACCUGGAGGGGGACACGUACAACAGGGUGCUGGUGGAUGUGCCGUGUACGACGGAUAGACACUCGGUCAUGGAAGAGGACAACAACAUUUUCAGUCGCCUGAGAUCGAAGGAGCGUCAGAUGUUACCGAUGCUGCAGAUGCAGCUGCUUCUCGCUGGGCUGCUCGCUGCCAGGCCGGGCGGGGAAGUGAUGUAUUCCACAUGCUCCCUGUCUCAGCUGCAGAACGAGUAUGUCGUGGAGAGAGCCGUUGAGAUAGCAGAAAUCGAACACAACAUCCGUGUCCGCGUUGAAGAUUUAAGCUACGUCAGGAGACUCUUCCAGGACACGUUUUCUUUCUUUGCAGACUGCAGGCUGGGCGAGCUAGUCCUUCCCCACCUCACGGCUAACUUUGGACCCAUGUACUUCUGCAAAUUACGCCGGGAACGGUAGGGGCGUCGGUUCCUUGACCCCUCUGAUCUCUGGGGGAGGGCCACUUCGCCGUUCCCCCCACCGAUUCUCUGCUGUGACAUUCGAACGGAGGGGAUCUCGCUCUUCCCAGUCUAGAAUGAAAUGCCCAGAGUUUCCAAAGAGAGAUGAACUUGCUUUGUGAACGCACCCAACGGGAUGUUUGCUGCCUUGCCGCAAACACGGAGAAUAAAUGAUGCCGGCAUGA